GUUCUGAGCUGCUGUCUGGUGGCCGCGUUCAAUAAAUAAAGUUGGCAGAAGCAACAGGAGAAGUUUCCUUCUUUGCUUCGGAGCUGAAUAACACUGACAAGUUAACAGACUAGUAGCGAACGGAAAAGAAGACGGCUUUGUUUGUGUCGAAUACAGAAGAUGAGGACUUUGAUGGAUUUGUGGAUGAGGAUUGAUGAAAAAUAAUAGACUUACAGAAGAUCUGAAGAAACUGGAUGAAGCAACACCCAAGGAUGUCCAGAAUCUGGAAAAGCGUGUGAACUGGCUGGAAGUAUCCCAGGUUUUAAAUAGCCACUCAGUUCAGAGGCUGACAGACAAUCUGAAGAAGCUGCGUGAAGAAGCUGCAAAGACCAACGAUGUUGACAUAAAAACACUGACAGACGAGCUGAAGAAGCUGCGUGAAGAAGCUGCAAAGACCAAGGAUGUUGAGGUGGAGGAAGAGACCGACACCGCCAAGGAUCUAAAGGCACGUGUGGACAAGCUGGAGGUGGUUGAGAAGGAUCUAACCACACGUGUGGACCACCUGAAGACUGCGGAGACCACAAACACCAAAACCAUUCAGGAUCUAACCACACGUGUGGGCAAGCUGGAUGCCAUGUCAGACAAACGUAAGGUGUGGUUUGCAGUAGGAAAUGGCCACAAAAAGACAAGUGAUAACAAGGUGAUCUUUGACGACAUGCACACCAACAUGGGUAGCCACUAUGAUGCCAACACAGGCAUUUUCACAGCCCCCUACAAGGGCGCCUACUUCUUCACCUUGGCCUACAAAUCAGUUGGUAAGAAGAUUAAUCUAGAUGUGUAUAAGGAGAAGAAGGAUGGGAACAGUGAGUAUCUGACGUCCCUGUUUGACACCACCAACAACACAGGGAAGAACUACAUGGCCUCCAUCAGCAUGAUGGUUGACCUGGAGGAUGACGACAAGGUGUAUGUCAAUGCUGAUAGUGGCCAUGAAUUUACAACUGGUUGGAUUAACGUGUUCAGUGGCUUCCUGGUGUAUCCCAUGUAA